AUGGCACGCGUGUAUGCCAGCCUGCGGCUCUUGAGCGUCGCGGCCCCUACUCUGGCGUGCACAAACGUGCUCGUGACUCAGGAGGCCUCCGCCUCGGGCAACAUCCUCCUCGGCUACAACGACGACUCCUCAAACCGCUACGCUGCCAUCACCCGCUUCCCAGCGCAGCCCGGCGAGGAGGGCAGGCAGCGACCCAUUUACUUGUACGACAACGGCAACUUCUCUGGGUACAUCCCCGACGAGAAACCAACUUACAAUGUCAUCUCCAACUCCAACGAGUGGGGAGUGGUCAUCGCCGAGACGACUCACGGUGGGCUUAGUCUGCUUGACACCGACCUGAAGACGCAAAACGACGGCGUCGGCCAUACUAUGGAUUACGGCUCUCUCAUAUACACCGCGCUCCAGCGCAGCAGGACGGCCCGGGAUGCGAUCGGUGUCAUCACGAGUCUCACCCAGAAGUACGGGUACUCCUCCGCGAUGGAGGGCUUCUCCAUCACAGACGGCGUCGAGAUUUGGAUCCUCGAGAUGAUUGGCAAGGGCGAGAUCGAGAAGGGCACCCUAUGGCUCGCCAAGCGGCUCCCUCCCGGGACCAUCUACGCACACGCGAACCAGGCGCGGCUCGGCGAGAUCCGUUCGCCGACAGGGUACGAGGGCAACCCAAAAAAACUCAAGUACAAAAACUGUCAUUCGAACGAAGAAGGAGGGUUCGCCCAUGGUCCACCUUUGGUGGAGGAUCUGGCGACUGCCUCUGGCGACCCCUUUGAUGGCAAGAUGACUUACUCGGCCCCGGGGUCGAAGACAUACGAUUAUGUGCUGGACCCUGACCUCGACUGCAUGGUUUCGAGCAACGCAGGGGACGGGACCAGAUUUGACGCAGCAAAAAGGAAUCUGGACCCAGAGGAAUUCGCGCUCGAACAGGGCCUUUACGACCCCAAGGACGGCCCCUUCUCGUUCUCCGACGUCUUCUGCCCGGUGGACUUUGGUGGGGCGCGCUACUGCGAGGCGCGAGCCCCUGCACGCGUGUGGAACAUAUUCUCGAAGGUCGCUCACCCUGACGAUUUCGACUCCGCCGCCUACCUCGGCUACGCGAAAGGCUACGAUCUCGCCAACCGGAUGCCCGAAUUCGUGCGCGUCAAGAAGCCAAUCUCGCGGCUGGACGUGCAUGACCUGCUCAGCCUCACGUACGAGGGUACCUGGCUCGACCCGGCGGUCGACAUCGGCGCCGGUAUCUUCCGCACCCCGCAGCGGCUUGGCGCGGGGCUCUCUUGGACGUCUGAGGGCGAGUCGUACAUCAACGAGCGACCCGUCGGCACCUUUUACACGGCGUGGCACUUCGUCUCUGAGGUGCGCAACUCGAAGCGGUGCCAGGCCCUUGAGCAACCUGAUUGGGACGUCGUAAUGGACUUCAUGAAAGGUUACGGACAGGAAGCGAUGCCUGCGCCGUGGGACACGCCAACGAAUUCCCGCUACGCAGGGGCGGACUGCUUCCCGCCCAAGAUGAGGUCUGUCACGUGGUGGGGCGCCAAGCAGCACAAGUGGUCGCCAAAGAUCCCACUCUACGGCGGCGCAACAAAGGUGAGCAACUUGGUCUACUCGAUGCAGAGUCACGUGAGCGAGGACGUGCUGGAUGCGCGCAAGAAGUUCAACGACUAUGCCGAGGGGAUGCUGAAAUCGAUGGAUGAGAAGCUUGUGGCCAUGACCGAGGAAGAGGCGCAGACGCACAUGGACAAGGCCACCAUCGACAUGGGCGCGAUGGCGGUCGAUUACUGGGAUUAUCUGUGGCAGACCUUGCUCGCUGCGUACGCCGACGGCUACACGCGGCUGCCGGGCAAGGAGGGCGACGAGGGCUACAAUUAUCUCUUUGAGGGCACCAAGAAGGCGUCUGAGGCCGACGAGGCCUGGAAGAAGGCGGUCGUGGCGGACACUGGGAUGAAAUACCGUCAGCCAGGAGGGUCGUGUGCCGAGUUCGAUCCAGACGGCAAAUGCCUCUCGACGUCGCGCGGCGUCAAGAAGGGUGGGCCUGUCGUCCCAGCCUCCAAGCGGCACGGCGUCUCACCGUAG